AUGGUUGUGAGCCACCGGCGAGCUCAAUGCAUUACAAUACGGCGUUUCCGUCCCUUUUGUGCUCAGGGAGAUCCCCACGGGCACCACUAAACACCCAUCGCACAGAAGCCGCUCCUGAAACGCCCAGGGGCCCCGUCAACAUACAAUGACACUUGUUUGCACUGUGCAACUGGCGGAGAAGCAAAAAGUCAGGAGUUGUUAGGCACGGCACUGCGCAUGCGCCGCUUGACUGGUGGGCAGCUACCCCCUGAAUGAAGGAGAAGUUGUCAGUGGGUCACUCUCAGUCUAUCAAUGCCAAAUCCUCACUAUGCACGAGUCCUGCUUGAGAUAUUGACAGCUGACUGCUUGCACCCUUUGGAAAUCAGUUGUUGCAGUUGAGCGCUCUUUUAAAUAUUAAUGAGCCAGACCUCCCAAAACUUUUACUGAAGUCGCAUGAUAUGGAUUAAUGUGGAAAAACUUCCUUGACUGGUUAGUAAAAACAAUCGUGAGAACACAUUGAGGAAUCGAGCGUAUGGAUUACAAGUGAAGUAAGUGUUGGUUGCUCCGUAUCUCAGGGGAAGACAUUUGAGAAGCGGCGACAUGAAGAUCCGCUCAGAGUUGGAUUGAUGCAAAGUUCGUCUGAAGUCCUGGAGGUUUCUCGCAGGAAUAUGGGAUAUUCUGAAUUUAUGGUUUAUGAGUAUAAAACCCCAUCCCUUAUGGCUUUUAUGCGUUUUCAUAUGUGUCCUCUUUACUUUCAGUCCGAAACAAAGCUACUGGGAGUCUUGUGACGGCUGGGGUAAACAGUGGAUACUUGUUUGGAGCAAUUCUGCUGGAUAUAUUGAAUUAACCUCGGAAUUUCUCUGCCCAAUGACAUUUCCAAAGUUGUUAGUUGUGUUCCUUUUUGCAGCGUGUCCUCAUUUUAUUAGUUUCAUUUACCGAGUCAUUAACUUAACAGGUCUACACCAGAUCCUGAGGUAUUUUAGUCGCACAGGUUUGUGACAGGAUGCGGGGAUGCACGGGAUUCCCGAUAGCCGUCUCGGUGGUAUUGACACUUGUGACCAUCAUUAACGUGAAGGCGAGUGGAGAAUAUUGUCACGGUUUUCAUGACGCUCAGGGUGCAUGGAGAGACGGCUUUCAAUGCCCGGAGCGCUUCGACAGCGCCGAGGCCAUCAUCUGCUGCGGGAAGUGCGAGCUCAGAUACUGCUGCUCCAGCUCAGAAGCUCGCCUGGACCAGGGCACAUGUGAUAACGAUAAGCAGACACAAGACACCAACCCUGGGAACAAGGACGACAAAAAUUCUGGGGCAGUACCCAUCUACGUGCCCUUCCUGAUCGUCGGCUCGGUCUUCGUUGCCUUCGUGCUGGUGGGCUCUGUUGUUGCCGUGUGCUGUUGCCGCUGUCUCCGUCCCAAACAGGAGCUUUCAUCGGGUGGCGGCUCUGGAGGAGGGUCCAGCAGCGCCCGCGUCCUCGAGACGAUUCCCAUGAUGGCCAGCACAGGUACGUCGCGAGGCUCGUCCUCCCGCCAGUCGAGCACGGCCACCUCCUCCAGCUCUUCAGCACCGCCGGCCGCCCCCCGUCCCGCACCCGCCGCUCUGCUCCGCGCCCAGGCCUCGUGCUGCCUCCCGCCGGACGCCAGCGUCUACGUGAACAUGCCUACCAACUUCUCAGUGCUAAACUGCCAGCAAGCCACUCAAAUUCUUCCUCACCAAGGCCAGUUUCUACAUCCUCAGUACAUCGGAUUCGCUCACCCUGUUUCUCCAGCUCCUGCCUUCCUAGAUCCCUCUCAAGCAGGCUACCGCCCAUUGCAGUCUCCGUACCCUCCACCAACCAGCAUGGCUAGUAUGGCCAGUGUGACCGGGGAUCAAAAAUACCCUCCGGUUACCAUGUGAAUCCCAUUGGGACCAACAUAGGAAUCGAAAUCACAAAUCAAAUAAUCAGUUCAGGGCACAAAAUUGAGAGUCAUGGCUUGCAACCACACAAGUGAGACUCUCAAACCAGUGCUUUAUCAAACACAGCAUUGCUUUCUGUGAUAUAAAGGACACAGUGCUUAAGAAAUGACUGAUUGUGUGUGUAACGUGCCUUGAAAAGUGCUAAUGGUACUGUUGUAAAUGAAGCGCGUGUGUAUAUAUGCGAUGUAUAUUUGUGUUGUAUAACCGUGCAUGUGCGCUCUGUGCGUGACUGUAUAGGUGUGUUGGUUUAUGAGAUGCAGUAUGUGAAUAUGUGUGUGUGUGUAGUGCACUAUAUGUUGUGUGUAAUGGGAAUCACAGGUGCUGUAAUGUGAAAAACAGUCCUGGCUCCCUGUUGGAUGCUUAAAAUCUAAUGAAGUGAACACAGGACACAGACUGUGACGCUCCACCCUCUUGCCCACUGCAACACACGCACAUACAGUAGACACACACACUUACACUUUCGCAUAUACACACUCACAUUCUGCAGAACCAAAGUCAUUUUCACAUUGCCAAGGAACUCAAUAGAAAAUAUACAAAAAUAUAGGCCUGUGUUUGGGAAAGCGAUGUGUGAAGGUGUGUGUAGCUGAGAUCAGCGGUCUUCUGAAAGCACCAGAGUCAAUUACGCAGUAAAAACUGUCUGCCAACUGUUCCCCUUCACUAAGUCUCUGCCUUGUGAAAGGACUGUGUAUGUGUGCCACUUUUCUUCCCCUCUGUUAGUAUAAGGUACACUCGAGGAGUACCAAAAGGGUUCCAGGGCAUUUCACUUGGAGUGGGUUUCUUUCAGCACGCUCAAAGGCAGCAGUUUAGUGAGGAAAGAAAAGUCCCAGGCUCCUCCAGGAGAAGGCCAUCACCCUUCUGAACUACUAAAACGCCAGCAUUAGAUCUCAGACUGGCAGAAAAAUCAGAAUGAAAUGAAAUGCUGCCAGUCUGAAAUCACCAAAAAAGCACCAGUCUGAGUUAUUUGGGUUUUAGAGCUGGAAGUUAAAAAGAUCACUCCAAAAUGUUAUUUCAAAACUUUAUGACUCUGUGGAACACAAAAGAAGAUAUUUCAAAUGUGUCUGGGGUUUUUUUCAUCUAAUGCAAGUCUGUGUUGUUAUUGUAAAAACAAACUAAAACUGAAAUGAAAGCUGAAUAGGAAUCUUUAAAUUAAACUAAUAAAAAUGACAAAAGCACAAAACAAAAUUACUAAAAAAAAAACACUAAAAUUAAAUGGAAAACUUAGACAAUAUGAAGGAAAAUAACCUAAAAUAUUAAUAAAAGCUAUAUUUUAAAAAAAUGUCUGUUUUUUUCAUCUAAUGAAAGUCAGUUAUUAACUAAAACUAAACUAUUACAAAUUUCAGAUAGAAUAGAAUUUUUAGAUAGAAAUAGAAAUCUUAAACUAAUGAAAAUGGCAAAAGCAAAUAGUUUUUAUAGCAAAAAAAAAUGCAAGUUAAAAAUGUUAAACUAAAUAUAUAUAUAUUCAUAUUAGAUGAAAAAGUCGAAGUACUAAAGUUAAACUAAAACUGAAUUACCGGUAAAAUAAAUUGAAGCAAAAUAAAAAUAUUACAAUAACUAAAACAUGAAAAAAGCACAACACAAUUGCUAAAAAACAAAAAUUACAGUGACUGAAAAAAAAUGUAUACAUUUUAUAAUAAUAUGCAAUACUGAAAAAAUAAAAAGUAACUGAUCGUAGUCAGUGGGGUUGUUUUAGACAAAUACAGUUUUUUCGAUCAUCUUUUGUGGUCCACUGAUUGGAAUGACAUGAGAGUAAAUGUCCUAUCACUAAAGUUUGAGAUAGGAUGGUUUACCCCUACAGGAAAAGUAGCAAAGUCUGUCCUGACAGGCAGCAUGUCUGUUUCGACUGUAUCUGUGGGCAACUUUACAUGAACAUCAGAUCUAAUUUUGUGUAAGAUACGUGUGUGUUUGUAAAACUGAAUGAGUAUUUGAGUUUGAAUGUGCCUCUCUCUCUUUGAGAGCAGGGUGCUAUGUGUCUUUUACAUAUGAAAUAUAAUAAUUAUAAUAAAUAUUUUUAG